AUGUGGGACACAGUGCAGACACUCAAAGGACAUUUCUCACAACAUAUGAGAGAGCAGCCUUGGCAGUUAUCAGAGGGUGUUCCUGUGGGACAAGUUCUCCAAGAUGUACAGACUGCAUCAGUGACAGCAGGAAUGAAAAGAAUACACCUCCUCAAAAAGAAGGAUUUACACAACACUGAGAAAGAGAUUUCGUACUUCAAACAGCAGAAUCAAAUUAAAUUCAACUUCCAAGAUGAAGACAUUGUUUUGAGUAUUAUUACUGAACUUCAAGAAAAUCCUAAGGAUUUGGAAGAAGUACAUCGCCUUCUUCUCGACGACGACGUAUCCAUUGAAGAUGAAGAUGAUCUUGCAGAAACUGAUUCAGAAACCCACGAUAUACUCGAAACGCGAUCUGUAGACUCAGACACAGAUCAUGAAUUUGAUGAAGAGGAAAAUAAUGAAGCACAGGAAACUUAUGAACAUUACUAUUUUGAGGAAGGCAACGAGAGGAAGGCAACGAGAGGAAGGCAACGAGAGGAAGGCAACGAGAGGAAGGCAACGAGAGGAAGGCAACGAGAGGAAGGCAACGAGAGGAAGGCAACGAGAGGAAGGCAACGAGAGGAAGGCAACGAGAGGAAGGCAACGAGAGGAAGGCAACGAGAGGAAGGCAACGAGAGGAAGGCAACGAGAGGAAGGCAACGAGAGGAAGGCAACGAGAGGAAGGCAACGAGAGGAAGGCAACGAGAGGAAGGCAACGAGAGGAAGGCAACGAGAGGAAGGCAACGAGAGGAAGGCAACGAGAGGAAGGCAACGAGAGGAAGGCAACGAGAGGAAGGCAACGAGAGGAAGGCAACGAGAGGAAGGCAACGAGAGGAAGGCAACGAGAGGAAGGCAACGAGAGGAAGGCAACGAGAGGAAGGCAACGAGAGGAAGGCAACGAGAGGAAGGCAACGAGAGGAAGGCAACGAGAGGAAGGCAACGAGAGGAAGGCAACGAGAGGAAGGCAACGAGAGGAAGGCAACGAGAGGAAGGCAACGAGAGGAAGGCAACGAGAGGAAGGCAACGAGAGGAAGGCAACGAGAGGAAGGCAACGAGAGGAAGGCAACGAGAGGAAGGCAACGAGAGGAAGGCAACGAGAGGAAGGCAACGAGAGGAAGGCAACGAGAGGAAGGCAACGAGAGGAAGGCAACGAGAGGAAGGCAACGAGAGGAAGGCAACGAGAGGAAGGCAACGAGAGGAAGGCAACGAGAGGAAGGCAACGAGAGGAAGGCAACGAGAGGAAGGCAACGAGAGGAAGGCAACGAGAGGAAGGCAACGAGAGGAAGGCAACGAGAGGAAGGCAACGAGAGGAAGGCAACGAGAGGAAGGCAACGAGAGGAAGGCAACGAGAGGAAGGCAACGAGAGGAAGGCAACGAGAGGAAGGCAACGAGAGGAAGGCAACGAGAGGAAGGCAACGAGAGGAAGGCAACGAGAGGAAGGCAACGAGAGGAAGGCAACGAGAGGAAGGCAACGAGAGGAAGGCAACGAGAGGAAGGCAACGAGAGGAAGGCAACGAGAGGAAGGCAACGAGAGGAAGGCAACGAGAGGAAGGCAACGAGAGGAAGGCAACGAGAGGAAGGCAACGAGAGGAAGGCAACGAGAGGAAGGCAACGAGAGGAAGGCAACGAGAGGAAGGCAACGAGAGGAAGGCAACGAGAAGAAGGCAACGAGAAGAAGGCAACGAGAAGAAGGCAACGAGAAGAAGGCAACGAGAAGAAGGCAACGAGAAGAAGGCAACGAGAAGAAGGCAACGAGAAGAAGGCAACGAGAAGAAGGCAACGAGAAGAAGGCAACGAGAAGAAGGCAACGAGAAGAAGGCAACGAGAAGAAGGCAACGAGAAGAAGGCAACGAGAAGAAGGCAACGAGAAGAAGGCAACGAGAAGAAGGCAACGAGAAGAAGGCAACGAGAAGAAGGCAACGAGAAGAAGGCAACGAGAAGAAGGCAACGAGAAGAAGGCAACGAGAAGAAGGCAACGAGAAGAAGGCAACGAGAAGAAGGCAACGAGAAGAAGGCAACGAGAAGAAGGCAACGAGAAGAAGGCAACGAGAAGAAGGCAACGAGAAGAAGGCAACGAGAAGAAGGCAACGAGAAGAAGGCAACGAGAAGAAGGCAACGAGAAGAAGGCAACGAGAAGAAGGCAACGAGAAGAAGGCAACGAGAAGAAGGCAACGAGAAGAAGGCAACGAGAAGAAGGCAACGAGAAGAAGGCAACGAGAAGAAGGCAACGAGAAGAAGGCAACGAGAAGAAGGCAACGAGAAGAAGGCAACGAGAAGAAGGCAACGAGAAGAAGGCAACGAGAAGAAGGCAACGAGAAGAAGGCAACGAGAAGAAGGCAACGAGAAGAAGGCAACGAGAAGAAGGCAACGAGAAGAAGGCAACGAGAAGAAGGCAACGAGAAGAAGGCAACGAGAAGAAGGCAACGAGAAGAAGGCAACGAGAAGAAGGAGUGCCCUGGCCACUGGUAUGGCGAGCCGGCAGACUCGCUGGCCGCUCCUUCGUCGGGCAGCAAGACGGGGACCCAGCAGCAGUCGUCGCCCCCGCCGCCCGGGCACUCGUUCGCCACCUGCUGA